AUGACAACUGGGAGCCCUCCCCCGGAACAUACGCGGUCACUCCGCGUCCACCGCGUCGUCGCAGGGAGAGGAGUAAGAGGCGUAACCUUCCACACACAGCUGCGCGGCCGAGAGCACCUUCCGAGGCAGCGCGACGUCAGUGUCGGAAAGUCAAAUCACUCCCGGCAGGUGCUGGAGUUUUACCCAAGUGCUGUUGUUAAUCGUAUGCGUGAAGUUAGGCUGUGGGCCACGGCGUGCGGAGAUCAUACCGGCAGGCAUAAGAACGGCGCCAGCGUGUCUGGGCACGGGGGCCGCAUCGUGAACGGCAAACCAGCGGUGGACCACGAGUUCCCGGCGCUGGCGUCUCUGCACGUGAACGGCAGCCACUACUGCGGCGCCAACGUGCUCUCCGAGAACUGGCUGGUCACCGCCGCGCACUGCGUCACCACCAGCGUACCGUCUCAGCAGUACAUACUGGCUGGCACAAACUCACAGACCAGUGGAGGAUCCAUCCACCAAGUGGAGCAGAACAUCGUACAUGUGAACUAUACUGGUCUAGUGGGCUCAUCUGCAGAUAUAGCAUUGCUGAGGGUGUCUUCUCCGUUACCUGUGGAUGGAGUAACCAUCUCUACUGUGACGCUGCCAGUGCAGGGCCAGGAGGUGGAGGAUGGGGCGAAUGCUGUCGCCGCUGGAUGGGGCUACCUGUCGGGUGAUUCUGGGGGACCUCUAUACGUGAACGAGCAGCUUGUGGGUCUGGUUUCGUUCAGUCGCUACUGUUUUCAAUCGCCGAGCGUCUACACCAGGGUCCCCGUGUUUGUCGACUGGAUCAAAGAAAACUCGCAAUAG